AUGGUCAGUGAAUUGACUUUCUUUCUAGGUCUCCAAGUGAAACUUAAUAAUGGCAUUUUCAUAGCUCAAUCAAAAUAUGUAAAGGAGCUAGUUAAGAAAUUUGGUAUGAAAGAUUCAAAGCAUGUUCAAACUCUUAUUAGUACUUCAUCCAAAUUGGAUAAAGACUCUGAUCCUAACAAGGUUGAUCAUUUCUUUUAUAGGAGUAUAAUUGGUAGCUUAUUGUAUUUGGCAGCAACUAGGCCAGAUAUUUCAUUUAGUGUAGGUGUUUGUGCUAAGUAUCAAGCUGAUCCUAGAGAACAACAUAUUCUUACAGUCAAGCGCAUUAUUCGUUAUGUCAAUAGUACAUUGAAUUAUGGAUUGCGUUAUUCUUCUGAAUCUAAUUCUGAGAUUGCAGGCUAUACUGAUGUUGAUUGGGCUGAUAACAAGGAUGAUAGAAAGAGUACUUCAUGUGGUUGUUUCUAUGUUGGUACUAAUCUUGUUUUAUGGUAUAAUAAGAAGCAAAAUUGCAUAUCUUUAUCAUCUUGUGAAGCUAAAUACAUUGUUGCUGGAAAUUGUUGCACACAAUUGUUUUGGAUGAAACAGAUACUUCUGGAUUAUGGAGUUGAUCAAGGUUCACACAAUGAUAUUAAUGUGCUGGAUCAUUCUCUGGUAUUCGACAAUAUCGUCACUGGCCAAAUGCCUCCGGUUAAUUUCGUUAUGAAUGGCCAUUACCAUAGAAUGGGGUAUUACCUAUCUGAUGGUAUAUACCCUAAGUGGACAACUUUGAUACAGACCAUCCUGCACCCAACUCUAGCGAAAGAAGAACUUUUUGCUCAGAGACAAGAGGCCUACAAGGAAAGAUGUGGAACAAGCUUUUGGAGUUUAGCAGAUCAAGUGGGCAAUAACGCAAGCACCAGUGCAUUUUUAGAAUAA